GAUGCUGAGCUCGGGUCUUCCCCCCCUUUUCCUGGUGCUCACAGUGCUGGAGCUGAGCUGGUCCCUGAGUGAUGAGGAAAAGAAGAUAAUCCUGGAUGAGCACAACAGGUACCGCUCCCAGGUCUCUCCCCCUGCCAGGGCUAUGAUGAAGAUGACCUGGGACAAGGAGCUGGAGAGCCUUGCUCAAUCCUAUGCAGAGAAGUGCAUCUGGGACCACAACAAGGAGAGGGGCCGACGGGGGGAGAACCUCUUUGCUAUGGCCCCAAUGCUGGAACUGGAAUUUGCCGUGGAAGACUGGAACGGGGAGGAGAAAUUCUACAACUUGACAACAUCCACGUGUGUCCCUGGGCAGAUGUGUGGCCACUACACCCAGGUGGUCUGGUCAGACACGAAACAGAUCGGCUGCGGGGCAAAGUUUUGUGAGAAGAUCGAAGGAAUCGAAACAGAGAACAUGCACCUGCUUGUUUGCAACUAUUAUCCCCCGGGUAAUGUGAAAGGGAAAAAGCCCUACUGGGAAGGACCCCCGUGCUCGCAGUGUCCCGAGGGCACAGUCUGUGUGGACAACCUGUGUGAACUCGUUGUAGAAGAGACCACUCCGGCCUCUGUGACAACAAAGGCAAGGCCAUCCACCCCAACCACAGCCCUGCCCAAACCCACAGCCACAGCCAAACCAGAACCCACAGCACCAGCACACACCACAGCUAAACCAGAACCCACAGCACGAGCACACACCACAGCCAAACCAGAACCCACAGCCAAACCAGAACCCACAGCCAAAACAGAACCCACAGCCAAACCAGAACCCACAGCACCAGUAAACACCACAGCCAAACCAGUGCACACCACAGCCAAACCAGAACCCAAAGCAAAACCAGAACCCACAGCCAAACCAUCAGUGUCCAUCACAACCACAGCCAAACCAGAACCCACAGCCAAACCAGAACAUCCAGCAGCAGAGACCAUCACAGCCACAGCCAAACCAGAACUCACACCAGUGUCCACCACAGCCAAACCAAAACCCACAGCACCAGUACACACCACAGACAAGCCAUCACCCAAAACCACACUUCCAGCCACAACCACAGCCAAGACACCACCCACGCCCACACUCCCAACCACAGCCAAGCCCAAACCCCCAACACCAGCACCCAUUACAACAGCCAAGCCAAAACCUGCCACCACGCUCCCAACAACAACCCCAGCCAAGCCAAAACCCACCAUGCCAGCAGCCACCACCACUACAGCCAAGGCAAAGCCCACCUCACUACCAACCACCACACCAAAAUCCACCACAACAACCACUACACUCCCAAAAACAACGCCAAAACCCACCACAACCACCACUACCGGCAGGUCAACACCAACCACACCAAAACCCAGCACAUCCACCACCACAGCCAAGCCAAAACCCAUCAUAACAACCACUACAGCCAAGCCAGAACCCACCAUAACCACCACUACCACCAAGCCAUCACCCACUACAACCACCACAGUGGCCAAACCAACACCCACCACACCAAAACCCACCACACCAAAACCCACCACAACCACCACCACAGCCAAGCCCAGACCAACCACAGCUGUGACCAAACCAACACCCACCACAUCGAAACCCACUCCAGCUCUGGCUACAUCAAAACCUGCUACAACCACAGCCAAGCCAACACCCACCACACAAACCAAACCAACACCUGCUGCUACACCAAAAUCUACCACCACUACAGCCAAGCCAACACCUGCUGCUACAACACCAACACCUGCCACAACAGCAAAGCCACAACCAAAAGCUGCCACUACCACAAAACCAGAACCAGAAAGUCCUGAUCCUUCUGAGGCAACUGGGCUCACUCUUUCCUCUGAGCCCACAUCAGACCUAGACUAUAAAGUAUCUCCAGAGGCAGACACUGGAGAGCCUGUUAGCUCCUUCACUACAGAGAAUCCAGCCUUAUUGGAAAGCAGGGGCACAGCCUUCAGCCCCAAAUCAGUCCCAGAAACAAAGGAAGGUGUCAAAGAGGAUGGGAAAGAGAAAACAGCCUUUUCCAGUCCACCUCCGUCCCUCCAAGUUGUUCCAGAGAUCAGGUUAGGUUUCAAUAGAGCUGAGCUCAUAACCCCCUCAAAGUCAGUGGUCCUCAGCCCUGAAGAGCCCACCUUCUUGCGCUUAACAUCAUCCUCCAAAGAAAGAAAAGGGCAGAGCCCCCAUUUCCAGACCUCCCUGUCAGCAGGUGCCCCGGAAACUGAAGACAUGGAGACAAACUCGGAACAGACAAAUGUGGAUCAGCCCAUGUCUGGAACCCCCAGUACCUGCUCGCGGCUUUCGCUCUUCCUCCUCCCCGGUGCCAUCCUGGUGGGCCUCCUGCUUUGAAUGGUCUUUCCCAGCUCUCCCUGCUCCAGUCACCAAGGCUUUCUUCAGCACUGGUUGUUCCACGAGCCUGGUGGGCUCAGGAGACCCCUCAGACACUUCAGGCUGACACCUCCCUUCUUACGCUGCCUUCUCUGCUCCAGCCCCGGCGAGCCACGGGCAGUGGCAGCACCGAGGGAACUUGGUCCCCUUCCUGAGGAGACCCAAGGGCAGCAGGGUGUCUGCCAUAACACUGGUGACCUUGGACACUUCUCCUUUCUUCCUGGCCAGCCUGGGCUUGUGUUCCACUUCCAAGGAGGGGGUGGUGAGCUGUCCCCCAACCCGUGUGGCCGGCAGGCCCCGCCGCACCGCGUCCCCUGGGACAGCCGGACCCAAGCGGCAAAGAGACAUGGGGGUUGGCUUUGGUGUUUGUGGAUGAAGUAUGGUGGUUGGGUUUGGUGUUUUCUGCUGUUUGUCAGGAUGAGCCUCCAGCAAAAAUUCCCUUUUCUCUUCCCUGUGUGUCUGUUUGUCUCAAAUUUGGGCAAGUUUCAUGUCUUUCCCCUCUUGUCCAAAGAGAGGAUUUUUUAUUUUCCCCUGUUUCCCUCCUGGUUCUGGUGUAGCUUUGGCCAGUACUACCCAGAUGUACUCCCUCCUCCUCCUCCUCACACCUCUGCAGCCCUUGCCUCCUCCCUCUCUCCUGUCUCUGCCCCACAUCCCAUUCCUCAGUUAUUGCCAUUAUCCAUUGCCAUGGCUUUAUUUUACGCCUGUGCCUUCACCUUUGUGCACGCACAGAAGAGAAACCUUCAGCCCUAAGAGGAGCCACCAGCUCCUUCACGCAGCUUUCCCUUGCAUGGCUUCUUUCUUUGCAUAAUUUCCCUGUAUUUGAAUUUAGGUACAGAUUCCUCUUGACAUGUAAUCUGUGUGUGGUGGAACCUGGUCCAGGAGAAACAAGUCACCACGUGAUUCGGUACAAUCUGAGCUCAAGAGAGCCAAGUGAUGAUGUUCCAGGUCAUUGGCGGCUCCAGGACUUGUUGCAGAACCACUGUCAUUAGCUGAGACACUGUGUCUUGUUCCCUCACAUCUCCCUUCACCUGAGGAUUCCUGGUCAGGUGUGUUAAAUAUGUGACAAGCUUUCCAGACUGGUGGAAGAUAACUGGAAGAUACUGAUUUCUUACACAGGUGAGGUGGAGGAUGACCUGAAGGCUGUCGUUCAUAUCCUCCCACCUGCUGCUCUGUCCUGUGCACUGAAUAAAUCCUUUUGUUAAAGUC